GGCAACACUGAAUAGCUCAUUUUGAUAAAGGUCAUUUCAAUAUGAUAAAAGACAUUUUCAGAAUUUUCACGAUAAAUUUUUGUAGUAAUAUCUUUUUUUGUGGUAAUUCAGUAGUUAAACAAGAUGUCUAUUUUCAAAGCUAUAACUUCCAAUGGUUAGUUAAUUAAAAUUAAUUAUAAAUACCUAUCAAAACACUAAUUGUAUUUAUUUUUCUGUUAUUUUAGUCGCUAUUCGUCGUUGGGCAUAUAACCUUUCUGGUUUCAAUAGAUAUGGUAAAUAUUUUACCUGUUCUAAUAAUUAGUAUAAUUUAUAUAUAUAAUAUGUAUAAUAACCCAAACUAAAAAUUUAAUUUUUUACAUAACACUAAUUAUAAUACUUUUUUUACUAUAAUAGCAUAUAUAUAAUUUACUUGUUUGCUGCUAUAAUGCAAUCAACUUAAAAAAAAAGAACAAUUUCGUUUGAAACCUAUUUGAACAACCGCAAUUUCGCUGUUUGUCAAAUGGUCAAAAGAGACAUUGUAUGCUCAAAUUUAUUUUAAUAUCUUUAUUGACUAGAACCAUGAAAAUCUAAAGACUUCUUAACUUGUUUACACUAUAUAUUAUAUGUACUCCAACCUUGGUUGCUAUCUAUGCUUAUAAAGUAAUGUAUGAAACAGGCUUAAAUCAAAUACAGAAUCUUUUUAGCGUAGAACAUAUCUAUCAACAAAUUUAUUAAAAUUAUUAAAUAUUAAAUUAAAAAUUUCCAAUUUUUUUUAAAUAAAAUUUUAAUUAUUUUUCUUUAUUAGGAUUGCAUCAUGAUGAUGUGUUGCAAGAAAGUGAUGAUGUCAAAGAAGCAUUAAGAAGACUACCAGCACACAAAGUAGAUGAACGGACAUUUAGGAUAAUACGAGCAAUGCAACUCUCUUUACAAAAAAUUGAACUACCCAAAGAACAAUGGACUAAGUUUGAAGAAGUAAUAUUUUAAUGUUUAAAUAAUAUUAGUAUUGUCAUCAUAAUUUUAAAAUUUUAUGUUAAUAGGAUGAUCGUUAUCUACAACCGUACCUUGAAGAAGUAGUAAGAGAAAGAGAAGAAAAAGAAUUUUGGGAAAAAAAUUACUAUUAGAUUAUAAUAUAUGAAAUACUACAGUAAAAUAUCACCAUAGUCAUCGUGUAAUUUAAAAUAUUGUUUAAAUUCAAAAUGUAUUAAACCGAAUAAAAUAUUAUUAAAUUUAUUUAAAACUCAUAUAAUUUUAGUAUUUUACCAAAAAUAAAUAAGUAGAUGAGUUUUAAUGGUUUGGUCCACAAUCAAAACUUGGAUUUAUUUAUGGUUACUAAUUAAUUUGCAUUGUUAUCCAUUUAAAACUUCUCAAACUUGUGUUCCAAAACAUUUUUUACUAUUGUGAAUUAAGUAGACAUUAGAGGUCAUUGUAUUAAAAAUGUAAUUACAAUUGGUAUUUAUUGUCCAGUAACAUAUUUUACAAAAUGUAAGCGGGUUAAAUGAAUAGUAUGAAUGACACAUUAAUUUAUAAGUAUUUGGCAUAGUUACAGAUAGUACAGAUCUUUUCCUUAGAUAAUACUUUGAUCAAUAUAAACAUUAUUAUUUAUUGGUUCAAAAGUAUUCAUUGUUUUCAAACGAUUUAAGAUAAUAUAUUAAAUUGUGGUACAAACACAAAAAAAAGAAACAUUAUAUUCUACGGUACAAGUUCCUGUUAACCACAAUUUAAAAAAAACAUU